AUGUACUCAUCCGUCCAAGCUCUGUUGGAAGCCAGCCCAUCACUCCCUAGCGACUCGUCCCUCCUCGACACUCUGUAUUCUAAUGCUGCUCUAGCAUCUUCACAGCAAAAGGAUCUCAUCAGCACACUUCUGACUCAAAGAGAGGAACAUCUGCGCCGCUUAGCAGUCGAAAAGGCGUGUCUUGAUGAGGCACUAGACCUGAUCCGCGGGGAGAGAGAAAGGAUGGAGGCGCAAUGCAACGCUCUGCGGAAAGCCACCGCAUCGCCAAUCCGCACUCUGCCUGUCGACGCCCUACGUGACAUCUUCUCCCUCUCCAUAGAACCGACACCCCACUCAGAUCCACCUUUCGAGUAUUCCGUUCCGCCACACAUGCAAUCUCUCUUGCGCCUCACACAUAUCUGUCGCUGGUGGCGCCAGAUAUUACACGAUACGCCAACUCUCUGGCAGCAGCUGAUUCUGACGUUGCGCGGUAUCGCGAACCCUCAAGCCCAAUCUUGCAUAGAGCAAUGGCCUGUGCAUGCGUCCAAUCUGCCCCUGUCAUACACCAUAUGGGCAGAUCCUAGCUAUAGUCAGCGCCACGCUUGGGAGGCCUUGAACGAGGAUGCGAGGGAGACGCUCUGCUUGCGCGCGGUAUCCGGAAUGAUGAGAAGCGGCCUCCAAUUUCCAUCCCGUCGUGUCAAAGACCUGCGUCUUGCGCUGCAUGCGCGCCAUGUGGUGCCUGCGCUCUCCUCCCUCGGUCCGCUCGCAUUCUCUAGUCUCGAAUCAUUGCAGCUGCAUUUUCUUCCAGAGCGGACGGACGAUGGGGAAGUGCGACCCACCGUCUCCAAUAUAUACACUUUCGAGGAUGCCAUCAAUUUGUCCAGCCUUCAUCUGACGGCGGUCGUUGACAACACGUUUGGGCAGCACCUUCGUCUACGGUGGUCUGCCUUGACCGACUUGACGCUCAGGCUAGGCGGACCCUCAGACGCAUUCAUCGCAAUUCUGAAGCUCUGUCCCGGUCUUAGAACCCUCCACAUCGAUGAAGGGGGGCUGAAGGCGCCGUUAAACAUGUUUUUGUACCAGCUUUGGGAUGCACUCGCGACACCUCUAUUGAUGGACCACCUUCGCGUGCUUCGUUUCGAGAGAAGGAGCACCUGCCUGACCAGCCUUAAUACACCCAACCUCUCUACCGCGGAAUUCCAAGGCUUGUAUUGGCAAUCCGCACGGCCCUUGUUCUCGGCGUUCCUACAGCGCGCACCCAACAUCACCUUUUUGACCUUCGCCGCAUGCGAUUUCUGCGUUUCAGAUGCAGAGGGUGCAUCCAUGAGGCCAUUACUUCGACUUCUACCUCAAGUCGAACUGCUUGUGUUUGACGACUGUAGCCUGAACGUCCUACGCCUAUUCGACGAUCUAACUGUCCGUUCCCGGGAUACACUUGUUCUGCCUUGCUUACAGAGAUUGCACUUGAUCAAGCUGUCACCGGCUGGUGCACGCAAAUACGACGCCAUAGUGGACACGUUCGUAGCAAUGAUUGAUUCGCGCGCGCAUCUACCCUCGGUCUCGCCCAUUCAGCGCAUCGAGCUGUGGCCUCGGACUAAUAGGGUAUUCCCUCCUGACUUCGUGUCACGCGUGCGAGGCUUGCUCGUUGGCGAUGUUGAGCUGAUACUGCCAUGAGCCGCUCGGAUUCUGCCCUCUUGUUCCGCAUUGACCAUGCACUCACGAGCACAGUACGAGUAUCUCCCCAACUUCGUGAUUGUAUAUCGAUCUAUCAUAGGGAUAAACCACUAUCACUAUACAUGGCCGUUGACGUCCUAUCCUCCUGCAUCCUUAUUACCCAGUCGUAAAGUGGACAUGCGUCACCGUGGCAGUAUAGAUACCUCUCAUCAUUCGCUUGCA